AUGGCUCUCUGCGGGGUCGAGGCGGACGCGGCGACGUACGGCGCCGCGAUAGGCGCGUGCGAGAAGGGGCAGCAGUGGGAACGCGCCGUGCUGCUCCUCGUUGGCAUGGAUCGCAGCGCGCAUCGGCCGAACGCGAUCUCGUUCCAAAGCACGAUCAGCGCGUGUGAGAACGGCGAUCAGUGGGAGCAAGCGCUGUGCCUGUUCGCGAGGAUGCGCCAGCGCCACCUGCCGACCGAUGUUAUCACGUUCAACGCCGCCAUCAGCGCCUUCGAGAAGGGCCGGCAGUGGGAGGCCGCGCUGCUGCUGCUGGCCACGUUGCGGCGGGACCGCCAGUUGCCCGACGCGGUCACCCUCGCCACGGCGGCUGGUGCGUGCGAGCGGGCUCGCCACUGGCGGCAGAUGCUGGCGCUGCUGCUGCAGGCGAGGUCCCUGGACCCCGCACCGCCAGCGGAGCAGGCGGCGUCGCUGUCGCAGCUGGCGCUGCGCGCCCUGGCCGCCUGCGAGCGUCAGCAGCAGUGGCAGUGCCUUGCCGCCCUGCGCCGCCGCGUCGCCGUCGCGUGGCUGGACCACCGCGGGGAGCUCGCCGAGCGCGGGGAGCCCCGGCGCGACGUCAGCACCAGCGCCACUUGCACGGCCAUAUUGGCCAAGACGGAGCAUUACCGCGACUUCGUCAACUACCACCUGCACGGGAAGAAGAACUGGUGCCACUACUACGACAAGCCACAUGCAGCCAACAAUAUCGGCACUAAAGUGCACUACGACAAGGAAUUCAACAACCGGUACCAGGACUCGACCGCGACGGCCUCGGAGCACCCGGGCCGGGCGCUCCUGCACGCGGCUGGGCUGGCGGCCAUCGCGCUCGCGGCGGUAGCCGCCGGGGCCGAAGACGCGGUGCCGCCCGGGCCGCCGCUGGGGCUCGCGGGGCCGCCGCCGGGAUUGGCCGUGCCCGCCGCGCCGGAAG